GAAAAAAGAAGACACCGCACCGCAGCGCCUGUAGUUUCAUACUCUGUCGUUUAUCCUCGUUCGUUUCAUCGUGCGGAGAUUUACUAACGAAUAUCAGUUUUUCUUCGCGAGUAUUAGAUAUUAUAAACGGCCUUCAAAAUGAUGUCCCUUAACCCGGUGAGAAUAUUGAAGAAUGAAGCAGAGGAAGAGAAAGCUGAGGUAGCUCGUCUGAGCUUGUUUGUUGGGGCGAUAGCCAUCGGGGAUUUGGUUAAGUCCACUUUGGGACCUAAAGGCAUGGACAAAAUAUUGGUAGCUCACGGCCGCACAGCUGGAACAGUGCAAGUCACCAACGAUGGAGCUACUAUUCUCAAAAGCGUUGGUGUCGAUAAUCCUGCUGCAAAGAUCCUUGUUGAUAUGUCCAGAGUACAGGACGAUGAAGUUGGUGAUGGUACCACCUCUGUUACAGUUCUUGCUUCGGAGUUAUUGAGAGAAGCAGAGAAAUUGAUCGACCAGAAGAUUCACCCACAAACGAUAAUAGCCGGUUGGCGUAAGGCGUUGACAGUAGCACGUGAAGCUUUGAUGGCAGCAGCGCGUGAUCAUUCUGCAGAUGCGGAACGCUUCCGCGAGGAUCUAUUGAACAUAACUCGAACGACUUUGAGUUCGAAAAUUUUGUCUCAACACAAAGAGCACUUCAGCAAACUCGCGGUUGACGCAGUUUUACGACUCAAGGGCUCUGGCAAUUUAUCGGCUAUUCAAAUAAUCAAGAAACGUGGUGGCACACUGGCUGAUUCUUUCCUUGAUGCUGGAUUCUUACUUGACAAAAAACCUGGUGUGCAUCAACCGCAAAAAAUCAGUGACGCCAAAAUUCUCAUCGCCAACACACCCAUGGACACUGACAAAAUCAAAGUUUUUGGCUCUCGCGUACGCGUCGACUCAAUGGCCAAGAUCGCUGAACUCGAGACUGCCGAAAAGGAAAAAAUGAAGGACAAAGUUGACAAGAUCAUCAAGCAUGGCUGCAACGUUUUCAUCAACCGACAAUUGAUUUAUAAUUAUCCGGAACAAUUGUUCGCUGAUGCUGGAAUAAUGGCAAUCGAACACGCCGAUUUCGACGGUAUCGAGCGACUGGCCCUCGUCACUGGUGGUGAAAUCGUUAGUACAUUCGAUCAUCCCGAGAUGGUUAAACUCGGAAAGUGUGAUUUGAUCGAACAGGUAAUGAUCGGAGAAGACACUCUGCUUCGUUUCUCGGGUGUUGCUCUUGGUGAAGCGUGCACAGUCGUCAUACGUGGUGCAACGCAACAGAUCCUCGACGAGGCAGAACGUUCGCUGCAUGAUGCACUCUGCGUUCUCACUGCAACAGUACGAGAAUCCCGCAUCGUCUACGGUGGUGGCUGCAGCGAAAUGAUGAUGGCUUGUGCCGUGAAUAAAGCUGCCGCUGUUUUGCCCGGCAAAGAAGCCGUUGCUAUGCAAAGCUUUGCCCGAGCUCUCGAACAACUGCCAACCGUUAUCGCUGACAACGCCGGCUACGAUUCUGCCGAUCUUAUCAGCAAAUUGAGAAUCGGCCAUAACGCUGGAGAUUCUACUCUUGGUCUUGACAUGAACAACGGUCAGCUCAAGAGCAUGGAGGAAUUGGGAAUAACGGAGUCGUGGGCAGUGAAGAGACAAGUGCUUUUGAGCGCGGCUGAAGCAGCCGAAAUGAUUCUUCGUGUAGACGAUAUUUUGCGGGCAGCUCCACGGAAGCGGGCGCCGGAUCACGGGCGUUGUUAAUUGUCAAAAACGCAUACUUUUCAGCGUUAUUUUACGUUUAAAAAAAAUUAUGCGCUUUUCGUGCGAUUUCAACGUAUUUUUUUCGUUUGCGUCUUUUCCACGUACGCCUUGAAAAACCGUAAAUUUCGUAUUAAAAAAAAAAAAACAAAAAAACAAAAAUACGUUUAUAAAACGCACUUUCUUCUGCGACGAUCGUUAAUUUUCAUCAUUCACACACCGAUUUUUUAAGCUUACAAUAGGAGGAAAGAAAAUAAUUACAAUUGUGCUGUCUUUUCUCUUUUUUUAUAACAAUACCACAGGUUUCUACAUUAAUAAAUGCCUCAACCAUUUA